UGAGGCUGUGUCUGCUUCUCUUCUGAAAAACCCUACACAACACUCUCUGUUUCGCAAAUUGGAACCUUUGAAUCGUAUAAUUAUGCCCACCAGAAACCGUAAGAAGAAGAGCAAUGACCCAUUCUUCGCCAACGAUUCACGAAAACGCCGCAAACCUAACAACGACGAUGAAGAAGAAGACGCCGAGAUAGAAAGCGACUUCGACGAAGACGGCUUCUUUGACGGCGCCGACGCUGAAUCCGAUGAGGAAGCCGAAGAAGAAACCGGCGCAGAAGCGCGGAAGAGAAUCGCGCAGGACUAUCUGCGAAUGGUUCGGCAAAUCGCGCAGAAAGAGAAGGAACGACGAGAAGGUGACGACGAAGAAGAAGAAGAUGAUGAUGAUGAAGAAGGAGCAAGAGACUCACUCGUAGCUCAGAAAUUGAUAAAGGAGCAACAAGAGGAAAGUGGACGCGUCAGAAGAGCCAUUGCUUCUAGGGUCGAAGUGAGGGGUGAUAGUGGAUUUAGGGUUUUGUUGAAGCACCGGCAUUGUGUUACUGCUGUGGCUCUGUCUGAGGAUGAUUCGAGGGGCUUUUCGGCCUCGAAAGAUGGAACCAUUAUGCAUUGGGAUGUGAAUAGUGGGCAAUGUGAGAGGUAUAAGUGGCCUGGUGAUUCGAUGUUGAAGUCUCAUGGUUUGAAGGAUCCGCAAGGUUCAGCUUCAAGGCAAAGUAAACAUGUAUUGGCUUUGACCGUGAGUUCCGAUGGGCGAUAUUUGGCAACUGGUGGCCUUGAUCGCCAUGUUCAUAUAUGGGAUACCCGCACCAGAGAGCAUAUUCAGGCUUUUCCAGGUCAUAGAGGCCCUGUUUCUUGUCUGACUUUUAGGCAAGGAACUUCAGAGCUUUUUUCUGGGUCAUUUGAUCGGACAGUUAAGAUAUGGAAUGUUGAAGACAGGACUUACAUGAAUACCUUAUUUGGCCACCAAAGUGAAGUAUUAAGUAUUGAUUGCUUGCGCAAAGAAAGGGUACUAACAGCUGGACGCGAUCGCAGUAUGCAAUUGUUUAAGGUUCAUGAAGAAUCACGUCUUGUAUUUCGCGCGCCUGCAUCUUCCUUGGAAUGCUGUUGUUUUGUUAAUAAUGAUGAACUCUUGUCUGGUUCGGAUGAUGGAAGCAUCGAGCUUUGGAGUGUAAUGCGAAAAAAGCCUGUUUACAUUUUGAGGAAUGCUCAUGCUUUAGUGAUGGAUAGGAUGAAAUCUGACCAACAGCAUUGUGAAAGUCUCCCCAACGGUAACUUAGAAAAUGGUUUCCACCAUCCCGAGAAUCAUCAUUGUUCAUCCGUAUCUUCUUGGGUCAGUGCAGUCACUGUCUGUAGAAACAGUGAUCUUGCUGCGUCUGGGGCUGGCAAUGGUUCUGUUCAAUUAUGGGCAGUUGAAAGUGAGACCAAAGACAUUAAAUCUCUUUAUAAUGUGCCAUUGGUUGGGUUUGUGAAUUCCUUGGCUUUUGCAAAAUCAGCAGAAUUCUUAGUUGCUGGAGUUGGACAGGAACCUCGUCUAGGAAGGUGGGGACAUAACGCUGAAGCUCGAAAUGGAGUUUCAAUUCUUCCUCUUAAGUUGUUAUGAGAUGAGGCAAUGAAUAUUGUACCUCCUCAAUUUUGACAUACG